UACAACAAAUUGCCCACGCCUAUCCAACCGUUGUACGAGGGCGCAUACACCGUGCUUUGACCAGAGUCGGGAUUAGGCUUUCCAUAGUCAUGCCUUGGAGGUGGCGGCGCCCUCUCACAUGCCGCCUCCAUCCUCUCUGCCCCUCCACCACCGAGAUGGCAGGGCCGGGCUACCACAGUCAUCCUCCUCUUCGCGACAGCAGGCCGGACUCGGAAAUCCCAAUAUCAGCAACAGCAACAACAACAAUGGCGGUGCCAAGGCCAACGCCAAUACCAGCUUCCCCCCACAAGCUCAAGCGCAAGCUCACAGCAAUGAGCCCUACUACUCUAAUGAAGACAUCGAGCUCCUCCACGAAAUCGUCACCCUCGCCGAGUCCAUCCUCCCCUCCCUGCCUGAGCGCGACCGGCUCCCCACGAACGCGCUCUUCCAAGCCGCCGAACAGAUCCUCCCCGCCCAUGGCUACCCAGAUCCGGACCAGGCGCCCUCGCAUAUCUCGCGGCUUAUCUUUAAGAUUGGGGGCCAGCGAUGCGCUCCGAACUCGAAAGGGGAAACCAGUUUGCUGGAUCGGUUUCGAGCCGUCUUAGCGGGUAUGGGCAUCAUGUUGGAGUAUGUGCCUAGUAGUCCGGUGGUGGGAGGGAGGAGUCGGGACCAGUCGCCUGCUGGCCCACCAGGAGCGGGCGGAAGAGGGGGGUUGGGGACGGCGCGGGAUAAGGCUGCUGGAUCCAGGUCGAGGAGUGUCUCGGUUUCGGGCAGAUCGCUGGGCGGGUUCUCGUCAGUCUUUAGUGAUGACGACGAGGACGUGACGGGCGGCGAACUCGAUAUCAAGUUACGACGGUUACUGCCGAAAAGGAGACACAGUUCCGUUUCGAGACCGCUUGCGCUUGGAGGACUACCGAUUCGGUCAAGGGCUCGGUCGGCGAGUUUUACGGACCCCAAUGCCUUGCCUGGGGACACGCUUAGGGGCGAGAGGGCUAGGAGACUGGAAGUGCUGGCGCAACAACGGGAACAGCAGCAGCGAGAAAGGGAGCAGCUCUUGAACCGAAGGGGGAGGUCACCAGAGAAAGGCCAAGGGAGGAGGAGUCAAUUGGCUUCGAGGUCCAAGAGUUCGGUCCGCGAGUACGGCGAUGAUGGACGACCUUUUCAACCGCAUAACCCCGUGCUGGACAAGGUCAAACACAUCCCUCGUGUAUUCGGCGCACCGCAUCACUACGACAAUGCGGAAGUUGCCGCCGGCGCCUUGCCCGCUUACGCCAGACCGAACAAAGAACGGCCACGGCCCAUAUCCUUCUCCUCCGUAGGCGAAACUGACCUUAACCACAAAUCCCCGCGAACCGAUUUCUCCGAACUCCAUCGCGCAACCAGUGACACCACCGUCAACACCAAAGACGAGCCCCUGCCUAGCAGUCACCACCAUGCCUUUACGCGUCCACCACACCUCGACCCCGAAUACCAAGAAGCAAAAGUGCGCAUGUUCCGAACCGAAGACAACGCCUUCCUCCUCCGCGACGCCUUUACGUCAUGGCACGACCACUUUAACCGGAUCCAGCGGGAUCAUCACCGCCUGCUUUCUCUCGCGACGCAAAUCGACGACGAAGACAUCAAGACCGAGGUCCUGGAGAUAUGGCUCGAGGAAACGAUCGCCGUUGUCGAAGAGCGCGAGCGCCACGAGGCAGAAGCGGAAUAUGAAGCGUGGGUUGACAGGAUGGAGCGGCGCGCCACGAGGGUGUACGAGGUUUUCACGAUUCAGAACAUGCUGAAUUUCUGGCAGGAUCAAGCACGCGAGGAGCUGGACCGUACCGCGGUUGCGAGACGGCAUCUGGUACGGAAAAGGGCGUUCGAUGCCUGGAGGGCGCAGCAUAUCCAGGACGAGACAAAGGCGAGGAACUUUGUGCUGAUCCAUGCGCUGCAAAGGUGGACGGCCGUGGCGCUUCAUCAGGAGGUUAGACGGCAUGUUGCUGAGCAGACGGAGGAAAGGGAGACGAUGAGGGAAGGGUUGAUGCACUGGUAUCGGCUGCAAAAGGGGAGGGUGGCGGAUGAUUAUGCCGUGUUCAAGGCGAUGAAGGGGAGUCUGACGCACUGGACUUCGAGGACAAAGGAUGUCCAGGAUGAUCAUGAGGUGGCCAUCGCCUUGGAUGAGAGACUCCUUCUCGACGAGGCGGUUAAUAUCUGGCAAGAAGAGGCCGAGGAUCUCAGGUACACGGGGUACAAGUGCAGAGGGUACAAGGUUACACGGGACUGUCAGAUUAUCCUGGCGGAUUGGCACGAGCAGAGCCGACUGUUGCGGACACUUAGAAAGUUUCGCGCGGCUGAUGAGCGCACGCUCAAGUGGAACUGUCUCGAGCAUUGGCAGGAAGAAGCCGAGUACGCCCGGCGGGACGGUCUGCUGGCUGACGCCGUGCUUCUUCUUAACCCCGUGGACACCUGGAAACUGGAGCUGAAGCUGAAACUUUGGAAUAUUCGCGAAGACGAAGAAACUCUCGAAGACACUUUAACUCACUGGUUCUUGGAGCAGCGUCUGGCCUUGUUCCAGCACCACGCUGCCUCUACCACCAAGAAAUCCACCCUUUCAACCUGGCUCGACGCCACCCAAACCUCCCUGUCCGUCUGCCAACGCUCCGAGUCCGAAGCUGACUACUUCUACUCCGACCACCUCCUCUCCUCGUGUUUCUCAACCUGGUUCGACGCCUCUAACGCCAUCUUCACCCCCCGCCACAACGCCAACCUCAUCUGCCUCUACCGCACCACCAAGCCCUGCUUGGACCGAUGGCGCGAAGCCCUCGUCUCCUCCACCACGCGCAAUGCUUACUACGCCCGCAAAGCCUCGAAGCAAUCUAAGCGCUUCACCAUCGCCUCUGUCCUCGACCGCUGGCCUUUCUUGGCCGAACAAGCCCGUCGCGAAAGAAUGAUGACAUCCCUGCGCUCCUUUCGCCACUCCUACAAGAUCUCCCUAGCCCAGUCCUGUCUGAGUACCUGGUUCAACGCCCUCUUGGAAGCCGACGACCUGUCAGCAGACGCUGACGCCCUCCACCUCGAUCACAACCACUCGGACCUGUACGAAACUCUUGGCUAUUGGUCUUCCAUUGCCCGGAGAGCGCAAGAGAUAAGGGAGACUGCCGCCGAUGCCGAGCUAGACACCUACUUGGAAAACUGGAUGGACAGCGCGGCAGAGAUGAGGGAGGCAGAAAUGGACGCCGAAGAAUGGGAAGCCGUGGGGACGAUGAAGGGGUGUUUGCAGAGGUGGGAGCACGAGGCGCUGCAUUUGGUUGCUAAGAGGAAUGCGGUGAAGGCGCUGAGGGAGAGGGAGGAGAGGCGGAUGGCGGCGGGCGUGUUGGAGGGGUGGUGGGCGGUUGUCAAUCCCGGGGCUGUGGUUAGAGAACGACAGAUGGGGGCAGAGUUUAGUAUGCUUGAUCCGAGGAUGAGUACGUUGUUGAGUUCGAGGAGGAGUGUGAGGCAUAUGGGGGGACGGUAUCGGGACCGCGAAAGGGGAAGCGGUGAUGUAUCUGCGGCAAACUUUGGCAAUAGUGUUAGCCAGUGGUUUGUCAAUUCGGAGAUGCCGCCUGAGCGGGAGAGGGAGAGGGAUCGGUCGACGUUUCUUUUCCCUUCGGCAGCACCGAUGAGACAGUCUGUUCAGCUUCCUAUCCGAUCUGCUCCCCCAUCAGCAGCUGCCCAGCAACCCGCUCAACCACCACCAAAGGUACCAAAAGGCUAUCAACCAUACCACCCCAACCCCGACCCUCCCGCUACUGCUUCCUACUCCCGCCCCGCAAGUCGCACAGCAAGUCGACCCGCCAGUAGACUCGCGGCUCCCACCAUACCCGAGACUCCGAUGGUCUCAUCAUCAGCAGCACCCAUCGAGCAAAAACCAACAACAGGCCGAAGCUCGGACAUGCGUCCGACGAAUUUAUCUGCUCGGCUGGUCAACGCGCGGAAUAACCCUUCCAGCUCCUCAUUUCGGGCAAGCCAGACCCUAGCAGCAGAGGCUAGUGCUCUCAGCGGCGUCGGCGGCGGCCUGGGACCGAUGAACUUUGACGACGACGACGACGACGAGGAGUCGUUCCUCCCUGAUUUAGACAUUAACGAUCCAGGGUUCAUGAGCACGCCUAGUAGAGUUAGGCGAGCGCCGCCUCUGGGGCGACAUGCGUCGCAGUCUGUGCCGCCGAUUGUGCCGCCGCCGGUUGUGCACGGGCAGGCGCAGGCGCAGAGCACUACGGUAUUUUCUUCUCAGUACCAACCCACCCUAACAACAGACGACAACCACGGCACCUCAAGACCAGACCGACCAGAACGUUUCAACGCCCGCAAAUCCCUCUUCCGCCCUUCCACUGCUCCUCCCCCAUCCAACCACAACAACUACCACUACCCGCCCUUUCAAGGACCACCAACAGCCCCUUCCACCUCCAUGUCGGUCGGCACCAGUACCCCGUCCGCGAUCCUCGCUAGUCCAAGAGAACGGGAGUUAAGAAGAGUGUAUGCGGAACCUAGCACCUCUAGUGCUGCUGCUACGGGGGUGGGGGUGGGCAAUACGUCGGGAAUCCUGAGAGGGGGGAGGGAGUGGAUUGAUCGGGAAAGAGUGGAGAGGGAGAGGGGGGUGUUUUUUAGUGAUAUACGAGAGGAGAGUGCUGAGGGGUGAUUGCAUUAGACUGUGCUUC